AUGAGGGGACCGUCCGCGGUGGCGCUCAACCACCGCGCCACGCAACACCGCCGACUCCGCGCGCUCCACCUCUUUUGGAGGCGACGAACCAGCGCCGCGUUGAGCCUCAAAGCGGCGGCGAAUCUCUUCGGCAGCAGCAGAGGGACGGACCGGGACGCUUACAGCAGGACGUGGCGGCGGAGCAGGCGCGCUCUCCGCGGUACUCUCCUUUUCGGCAACGGCAGGCGGACGCUCCAUCAAGGGGACACCCCACGCUGCUCUCUUUACUUCCUCCCUCCCUAUUACGACUCCCUACCAACUAUUCUUCCAGUCGCCUCUCCUCACUCCAACGUCGCCUCACUCAACAACGUCGCCUCUCCCUCACUCCCCACCGUGGCGUCUCCCUCCCUCCCCAUCAUAGCCUCUCCCUCGGUCCCCUCCGUCGCUCUCCCUUCCUCCUCGCCGUCGCCCUCCAUCCCUUCCCGCCGUCGCCUCUGGUGGGUGCACGAGCGCGAGCGCGGGCUGCUGCGCGACCGCGCGUUUUGUGAGGCACCGUCGUUUCAGUUCUUUUUGCCGGUUGGUCCUAGUGCGCUGGCGCCUAACGCGCUGGCGCCUAACGCGCUGGCGCCUAAUGCGCUGGCGCCUAACGCGCUGGCGCCAUGCGCGCUGGCGCCAUACGCGCUGGCUCCUAACGCGCUGGCGCCAUGCGCGCUGGCGCCAUGGGCGCUGGCGCCAUGCGCGCUGGCGCCAUACGCGCUGGCGCCAUGCGCGUUGGCGCCAUACGCGCUGGCGCCAUGCGCGCUGGCGCCUAACGCGCUGGCGCCAUGCGCGCUGGCGCCAUGCGCGCUGGCGCCAUGCGCGCUGGCGCCAUGCGCGCUGGCGCCAUGCGCGCUGGCGCCAUGCGCGCUGGCGCCAUGCGCGCUGGCGCCAUACGCGCUGGCGCCAUGUGUGGACUUGGUGCCAAAACUUCUCCACUACCACUUCUGCUCUCUUUCCUUUCUGCUGCAGGUGAUGCCUUCUGUGCAUGCUAAUGUGGUAUAUUUUAUUCGUGAUGCCUUGGAUUCGAGUUUUAAGCCACACGUCGCGCUGGCGCCUUGCUGCGGUGCGCUGGCGCCUUGCUGCGGUGCGCUGGCGCCUUGCUGCGGUGCGCUGGCGCCUUGCUGCGGUGCGCUGGCGCCUUGCUGCGGUGCGCUGGCGCCUUGCUGCGGUGCGCUGGCGCCUUACAUAACUCACUGA